AUGCCCAAGGAUGAGCUGCAACAAUACAAGAAGAAUCUUUCGAGGUAUCUGGCUUCACAGAAUGAGGCGGGACUGCGGGCCAAGGAGAAGGAGGAGAAGGAUGUCCGCAUUCCCACACUGAUCUGCAUCAAGGCGACCGACCACGCACUUCGGACCGGCACCGGCUUGAGCAUCGCUUCAUUCUUCAAUCCAUGGCCAGUGAGACGGCUGAAAAACACGGAGACUCGCUACUACGUUCUUGCGGCUGACCUCGAGCCUGAACUUCUGUUCAAUGGCCAGACCAGACGAGCGUGCAUCUUUGACAGCGAAAGCGGCAAGACACGUUUGGAACUUAUUGGGAUGGGGGAAAAGCGAAAUCGACUUCAUGCGCGAAGCGACCGUGGCUCUUUGGGGUGGACGCAGUGGUUCGCGCUCUACGGGGCCACGGACCUCUGUGGAAGCUUUUUCUACGAUGAACCCCGCAAAUGUUGGGAUGAUGACAGAGCUGCCGCCAAGAAUGCAGGCCUAGGCGCACUUCUUAAUUCGUUCCUGCUGGUGGUCAACAUCGGAAGAUGCCCAUUCGGCUCCUACUCCUUUCAACACCAACUACACGGCUGCGCUGAGUCGUACUUCUCUCAGGCCACUAUUGAUUGCCCGUAUUUCCUGCACUGGUACGAAUUCCUGCGAGGACACAAUGACAAGGAAUCCUUUGGGUCAAUCGAGUCACUGACCCAGACACUGGCGCGAUGGAAGGCGUGCCCACUGCUCAAAAGAUCUGGCACAGAUGUCAAGUGGGCUAGGUGGUAUUCGAUAGUGGACAAGUUGGCAGAAAUCCUGGAACAUUGGUGGGAGUACACAGCAAUUCUUGUGCUCUUGGCACUGGAAAAAGGCAUCUUUGAAAAUGUCGACGCAGUGAUUGCUGCCUCCGUGCAGUACUACAAGACAGUGCAGCAAAGAGCUUCGGAGCUGGCUACUCCUCCCGCAGAUGGUGCUGGCAGAGGAGGCAUGAAAGACUGUGGUGCCGAAACGAAGCUGAAGCACGCACAGAUCAAUGUCCUCCGCGUGGGUGCUCAGACCAUGGCGUCUCCGCAGACCCGAUGCCUGGCAAAUUUGUUGGUUGCAAUGCUGAAGCCUUCACGAACUGAGCAUGGCAAAAGCAUCACCAUACAAAAAACCAGGCGUGGCACCAGAGCCAGAGUUGCUGCGCAAGCAGACGGCGAAUGGCAGACCUGGCUAUGUGGCCUUGCAGGCAUCCUGCGCUGUCCAGAGACACUGAAAAGCUGUGGCAUAAGCUUGCUUCAUGAGCCGCUUCUGUGGGACCAGUCAGAGGAGCAAGAGAACAUGCUGGCCAUGUACUGCUUCAGCCUUCAAGUGAGCCUCCUGGGCGCGCAUGUUUUGAGGCUGCUGGCGUACUCAUGGUCCUUUCCAAUGUGCGUGUUUGGGUUAAUUCAUGACGACCGCGAAGUUGUCAGCAGAAGCCUGAAACGCAUGGAAAAGAUCUGGAGUACAUGGGAGGCGGCAGAGAACGCUGGCAACGGCGACGUGGACGACAUCUUGCACCAGAUCAUCUGGACAUCAUGGCAGUGGCCACGGCUGGUUCUCCUGGAGCUUGCUGAACACUCCUUCGAGCUGGUGCCAGACAGUUUGCGGACAGAGUUGGUUCAGGCAAGCGAGGGCCCACAGACGACCAAGACGACAGAGGAUGUCUUUCGAGAACCUCGUCAGGCGGAGUCUGCCACGCCCAGUGUGCACAUCGCACGUCUGAACCGAUGGCACACCAUGGUGGUCUCCUUGCACCUCCGCGAAUCUGAUCGGCCAGCUCCUUCGAAAACCUCGGCUUCCAAGAGUCUCGCUCAGCAGGCAGG